UACUCUGUGGCCAGAAACUUCAAAGUUCAAAAAUUAAAAAAUUUAAAUUCGAACAGAAACUCUUGUUUUGAUUUUGAAAACGAGUCUUUUUUAUUAUUUUAAAUUUGUUUAAUUAAUUAUCUCAUAAUUUAUUGAACACACAAAAUUAAUAAUUAUCUACCAUGGAAGAACUUGCUGAAAUGCACGACAUCAACUUCCUUAUCCAGUUGGAAGCUUAUAAAAGAUUUAAAGAAGACGAACAACAAAUUCGUCCAUUUGUUGAAGAUAAAAUCAGGCAAUACAACGACACCAGAAACGAAUAUUUAAAUUUAUACUCAAAAUACGUUGAUUUAAUAAAAUCGUCUGCUUCCCGAAAUGCCCUGCAGUCGGAACAGCUUCAAAUCCUUCAUGGCAAUGAACAAACUGAAGCAAGUAUGAAGACAAUAGCUCAGGAAACUAACAUCGAUAAGCAAGAUGAAUUCUUCACUACCGAUGAUGUCGCUACAACUAAAAAGAUUAUUGCUGAAACUCCCAAUUUUGAGAAUCUUGUUGAACAAAGUUUUUCAUCAGAAAACAAUAAGAAUCGAGUGGACUUCAUUCAAUCAUCAUUAAUGAGGGUUGAGCGUAAUCUCGAGAGUUCAGUCGUUUCUGGAUUUGAUUCCCUUUUGAAAAGAAUUGAAAUGUAAUUGAGCCACGUUAUGGUAUAAUGUUGAGCUCAACAAGUUUGAUAGUCACAUGAGUUUAAUUGGAAUCCUUUCACAUUAUUUUUAAAGUUUGCAUUUUCUAAUUAAGUUAUUAUUUUUUGUACAAAUUCAAGAUAAGAGGAGCAUUAGUAAAAAAUAAACAAAAGCGAAAUAA